AUCUUUUCGGGAAGAAACGUUUCAGACCCAACGGUCAUGGCCCUAUUGAUUUUCCUUUAUAUUUCAAUUCAUACAUCUAAUGUAGUUGGCAUAAUUGAAGUUAAAAAUAUUGCGCAAAAUGUAAUACAGUGUGAAUCAGCUUUAUCAAACAACAAAAAUGAUUUUAAUUCAAUCUCGUUUAUUAAAAGAUGCAACUAUACGGGUUCAUUUCCAUUGUAG